CAAAGCACGUUGUGGUCUUUUCCUCUCUGCAUUUUUCCUUAGUUGGGGCAGCAUUAGAAGCUUUGCGGUGGUGCCUCUUUAAAAAGAGAGGUAGAACGGGAAGUAUUAAGGUGACAGAGGUGCUUUGUUUUUACAAAAUUACUAAGGUUUAUGGGUGACGCGUGUGACAGGAUCGAUUUACGCCGAUCAAAUGUCAUGGGGUAGUUUCUUUCCAAUAUCCCAUAGGAAACUUUCUUAACCUGGUGUGUGCAAGGCACCAUCUUGCACUUACCUCUGAAUCUCAGUUUCAUUUUUUUGUGUUAAAAGAAAGUAAAGUAACUUUGAAAGUCUAACCCAAUCCAUUUGUGUAGCUUCGUUUAUAACUUUCAGCCAGAAGCCAACUUCUUACUGUAUUUGUUCUUUGAACGUGAUGCAUUUUGGCUGGGGCCUUUCAGCACUGCAGCACAAAUAGUAACCACUUGUUGCAAUUAUUGAUAUGCAGUCCUUUAAAGUUACUAUUUAUUUGAUAAGGGGUUUCAGUUUACUGCUACAAACCUCAGUUUACUGUUUUUGAAUUGAUAUGUUAGUGAAGUUUUCCUGAAACACUGCUUCAUUUUUUUGCCUUGACAUUGUUUAAGUGAAAUGCUGUUUUAAAAAAUUAAGCUGUAUUAUUAAAAAAACCACUUUUUCCCUUUCUCUUAGUUGCUGUCACAAACUUCAGAUAAAGACAAAAUGUCCUCUAGAGGGAGAUCUUGAUGCUUCUAUGUGCAAAAAUGCUAGUCACCUUGUUCCAGUUAAACAUCAUGAUCACUAAUCUUGGAAAGGAUCUGUGAUGAUGAAUGUGCAUGUCUCAAUAGGAACCUGUUGUCUUGGAAAUUUCAUUACAGAAGACAGACUGUAGCCUGUAAUGUAAUGCUUCUAUAGGUUAAAAGAAACAUACUUGUUUUAAUUCAAAUAGAUCUAAUUCUGAAGUUAGAUGAGUAGUCUUUACAAGUUCUGGUGUAGUACUCCUGCGGUAGUAUUUGUAGGACACACAUUUGUAGCAUCAGUUCUGCAAAUGCUUAUGUAGGCUCUGACAUUCAUACAGCAUUGCCAUUUUAAUCAAGAUGCUUUUGAGGGCAACUUCUUCACUGACAUAAACCAAGAAUUUCAGCUGCUGCUCUGAAAGUGUUGUGGGUUAAAUCACUUUAGCAUGGUGAGUGCCAAUAGCUGUGCAAGGAAACAAAGCAGAAAUAAAAUGUCCCAUUUAAUCAAUGUUAGGAAUUGAAGGACAGGAGUACUUUUUGACUGUAAACAGUAGAGGUUGAAGGUUUAUUUUUGCAGACACAUCAAUUGUUUGAAUGUUGUUAACCCUAUACUCCACAUGCUCUGUCCAAAUUUUUGGAAGAAGCUUGGUGGUAUUAUUGUGGUGGUGAGUUAUUCAAUGUGUUACACAGGCAGUCUCAGCAUGAGAUUUCUUUCUCACGGGCACUUUGAAAAGGUUGUGUGGAACUUCCUCUGUGGGUGUAGUUGGAAAAUUUCUUCAUACUGCAAGACUGCUGAACGGGUCAAAAAUGGGGCAAAACUUUUUCAGUUGCCAGUUGAGCCCUUUCAUACUUCUUUCAAGUCAUGUGUACUGUUAAUAGAUCAUCAUCUUGGAGGAUUCCAGCACUGAGAUUUCUGGAGUCUGCUGUGUCUAGUCGUAAUGAGUUCGUCACUAGUUGCUUAUGAUGAUUCAGACUCUGAGGCAGAAACUGAAAAGGCUGAAGCCCCCAAUACCUCUGGCAGACAAACAAGCCUUCCAACUUCUUCUGAACAUGAUCCACAGUACUUUGCACCUGGUAGUUUGGGUACAAAAUCUACAUAUGAAAUGCAGCCUACUGAGAACACUGACAGUUCUGGCACAAGCACAGUUUGUGAAGAUCCCCCUGAGCAUUAUGCACAGAAUAAUAACAUUGAUUUAACAUCUUAUUGUAGGAGAGCAUACUCUGGCCGUACUGCAUUAUGUAUGUCAUACAAAAACUCCGAACAGACAUCAAGCUUUUCAACAAACUCUGGAAAUGGUGUUUCCCAGAAAAGAAUACAUAAAGACAGUACUACUGCCACAAAAGGAAUUAGACCAUAUAUCCCUAAAAGAUUGCGUCAAGAAAAUUCCAGUAUGCCUGAAAAAAAAGAAUCUGAUCAGAGAGAGAGCUCAGAUUGUGAUGUUAAGCUAGGCAUCUCAGGAGAGCAGACUUUGAGAAAGAUCUCUGAAUUAAUUAAACCAUAUUUGGGAUCCAAAUAUAAAUUAACUGAAGUCCCCAAAAGCUUAAUAUUUUACAUGUCUAAACACAGUGGCCCUGUAAAUGAAAUCCAGUGGUGUCCUGUACGAGAACAAAGUCACAUGCUGCUCUCAGCUUCCAUGGAUAAAACAAUCAAGGUAUGGGAUGCUGUAGAUACAGGCCGCUGUUUAAAAACAUAUUCUUGUCACUCCUGUGCUGUUCGAGCUGCCCAGUGGUCAUCUUGUGGAAGAAGGAUCCUCAGUGGAGGCUUUGAUUCCAUGUUGCAUUUAACAGAUGUAGAAACAGGGAAGCAGGUAUUUAGCAGCAAAAAUGAAUUUAGGAUCAGUGUGCUGAAGUUCCACCCUACGGAGUCAAAUAUUUUCAUUUGUGGAGGGUUCAGCCCAGAAGUUAAAGCCUGGGAUAUAAGGACUUCUAAGGUGUUAAGAUUGUACAAAGCUUCAGUACAACAGACAUUGGAUAUACUCUUUCUCCCUGAAGGAAGAGAAUUUCUUACAAGCACAGAUGCAGUAAGCCGGGACUCAGCUGAUCGUACCAUUAUUGCAUGGGACUUUCAAAGUGCUGCGAAAAUCUCCAAUCAGAUUUUUCAUGAGCGUUACACUUGCCCGAGUCUGACUCUGCACCCAAAAGAGUCUAUGUUUGUUGCUCAGACGAAUGGGAACUACAUGGCUUUGUUUUCUGCCCAGCGACCUUACCGAAUCAACAAAAAGAAAAGAUACGAAGGACAUAAGGUGGAAGGAUUUGCAGUGGGCUGUGAAUUUUCUCCAGAUGGAACACUUUUGGUGACGGGAAGUUCAGAUGGCAAAGUAUUUUUCUACAACUAUCAUACUGCUAGGAUUGUUCGCACUUUGUCUGCACAUAAAGAAGCUUGUGUGAGUGCAAUAUUUCACCCAGUCUUGCCAUCACUCCUUGCAACAUGUGAUUGGGCUGGAGAAAUCAAGAUCUGGCAAUAACACGCAGAGUUACUUUUCAGGAUGUCUCCUGUUUGUCUGUCAAAGGCAUAGGAAAUAAACCAUGUUAUGCAAUGUGAAAUCUUGUGAUGUUUUGUAAGCAGGACAAACUGUUGUCUUUUCUUCUAUGACCUCUAAGUGUAUGUUUUCAUAAUGCAGGUAAGAUGGUCUUGUAGUUAGCUGCUGAGCAAAGAAGUGGUCUUUCUCUCUCCCUUGGCCCUGGUGACAAAUUUCUGCCCGUUUUGUGUCAAUCUGCAGGUGCUCAUCUAGCCCCACCCUGGUUUGAGUAGCUAAACGUAAGAAAAUUAUUGCUUUUUUAAUGUAGCUUUUCAAUGCAGCUUUCUUAAACCAGGUUUUGUUAGAGAAUAAUAGUAUCGUUUAGGUUGAAGAAGGCCUUUAAGUCUUAAGGCACUUAUGUAUUACAUCUGCAUGUCUUUUAAAUACUUCCAGGGCUGGUGACUCCACCACUUCCCUGGGCAGCCUGUUCCAAUGCUUGACAACACUUUCUGUGAAGAAAUUUUUCCUAAUAGUCAGUCUAAACCUCCUCUGCCUCAACUUGAUGCCAUUUCCUCUUGUCCUCACCAACUUUUGGUGAGGACUUACUAUUUAACAGAGGAUGAUGUUCAGAUCAAUUAACGCCUAUUUGAUCUUCCUGGGAUUUUUUUUCACUAGUUCAAACUAGUUUCCACUAGUUUAGCUCCCUGACCUGAUCACUGAAGGGUUGGAUGGCAAUAGUGUAGUUGAAGGCAAAACAGCUUCUAUGCACAAGAAGGGGGAAGAUUGUAGGGUGGGUGGGACUGCUUUUUUGUGGAAAUGGGUAGCUGUUAUUAGCUCAGCUUAUUGUAAAAUAUGGUUCCACUGAAAGGUGUGCCAGAUAACUUGAAGCUAAUUUUGAAGUCAAUAAGUUUGAGUUCUCAAAAUCCCUAUCUUUAAACUUGAGUUUUAUACUUACAUUUAUGACCGUACAUAAACAAAGCAAAAAUAUGUGUAAAUAUUUUUAAUGUAAAAAUAAACUUUUUUUUACAUA